AUGUGCAGUGGUUCUAAGAUUGUGUUGCACCACAUGCAUGUAAUAAGUCGAUAAAAAAAGGAGACCAAAUCUUUAAGAAUUGGUCCAAUUUGCCUGAUAGGACGAAUCUCAUAUCCUCAGGGUGUAACAUUUCCGACAUGUUUGAAAUCCACUUUUUUGAGCGUUGGUUGGUGUGGGUGCAUUGUUCAAGAAUUUAAGUAUUCGUUUUUUUGCCGUUGUUAGGCCGUGGUUAACGAGACAUUUUUGAAACAAAGUCAGAUUACAUCCGGCAAGGUGCGACAUUUGUGAUUCUACAGCAUAUGAGAGAACACAAUGAGUAGGAGUAAACGGGUCCUGGGAUGUCAGGACUGUCUUAUGAAGAAAGACUGGAUAGACUUGGUUUAUACUCUCUAGAAUUUAGGAGAUUGAGGGGGGAUCUUAUAGAAACUUACAACAUUCUGAUGGGGUUGGACAGGCUAGAUGCAGGAAGAUUGCUCCCGAUGUUGGGGAAGUCCAGGACAAGGGGUCACAGCUUAAGGAUAGGGGGGAAAUCCUUUAAAACCGAGAUGAGAAGAACUUUUUUCACACAGAGAGUGGUGAAUCUCUGGAACUCUCUGCCACAGAGGGUAGUUGAGGCCACAGUUCAUUGGCUAUAUUUAAGAGGGAGUUAGAUGUGGCCCUUGUGGCUAAGGGGAUCAGGGGGUAUGGAGAGAAGGCAGGUACGGGAUACUGAGUUGGAUGAUCAGCCAUGAUCACAUUGAAUGGCGGUGCAGGCUCGAAGGGCCGAAUGGCCUACUCCUGCAUCUAAUUUCUAUGUUUCUAUGUUUCUAUGUAUUUUCCCAAUUAGCACGUUAGAAAGGUUCUGAAGAAGGGUCUCGACCAGAAACGUCACCCAUCCCUUCUCUCCAGAGAUGCUGCCUGUCCCGCUGAGUAACUCCAGCAUUUUGUGUCACAGCUUUUUGUGUCCAUCUUCAGUUUCAAUCAGAAGGUAGACAAAAAUGCUGGAGCAACUCAGCAGGUGCAGCAGCAUCUAUGGAGCGAAGGAAUAGGUGACGUUUCACCUAAUUUCUAUGUUUGUAUGUUUCUAUAAUCUACAGUUAACUAAAGUCAAACUAUUUCUGCCGUCUCUUCCCGACACUAACCCAGGUCUGUUCCCCUUUGCAGAUUCUUCUUAAAAUUCUUCCUCAAGUGCAAUCAGAACUGUUUGAAAAACGCUGGUAACCCCAGGGACAUGCGUCGAUUUCAGGUGGUCAUCUGCACGACCAUCAACGUUGACGGCCAUGUGCUGGCCGUGUCCGACAACAUGUUCAUCCACAACAACUCCAAGCACGGCCGCAAGGCUCGGAGGCUGGACCCCUGUGAAGCAGCCACACCGUGCAUCAAGGCCAUCAGCCCGAGUGAAGGUUGGACCACGGGAGGAGCCACCGUCAUCAUCAUCGGAGACAGCUUCUUCGAUGGUCUGCAGGUCGUGUUCGGAACCAUGCUGGUCUGGAGUGAGGUAGGUGCCCGUGUUGUCCCUGGUGGGCCGAAUGGCCUGUCCCCACGCUGUAUAUAACCAUAUAACAAUUACAGCACGGAAACAGGCCAUCUCGGCCAUUUUAGUCCGUGCCGAACACUUACUCUCCCCUAGUCCCAUCUACCUGCGCUCAGACCAUAACCCUCC